ACGUGGCAGCCAGGAGGGAGGCAAUCCAGACUGCCCAGCAAAUGAGGCGUGGAGGCUGCCUCGGGUUUUUCUGCACCGGGCGUAGAAGACAGUUUUAUUCCUCCACUUCAGUGAAACCUGGUUGUGUCAAUAUGUGUUGAGGUGACUGUGUUUCUGCCAAGCCUGGCUGCCAUAAAGCCAUGAAAUAUCUGCUGGGCACAUCUUACUCCUACAGGGAUUCAUUUGGGCAUGAUAGUUGACCUGGAGAAUUCCCUGCAGUGGCUUGUCUUUGUCAUGGCAGAACCAUCCAAUGUGAAAAGCAGAACAUUUCUGUCCCAAGUCAGGACCAGCAUGAGAAGUGAUGGGCAUGUGCAAGAACUUUUUCUUGAAGAAGCCAAACAGGGUUAUCAGACGCCUAACAAACCUUGGUGGAAAAUACAACUUUUUGUUUGGGAACCAGUGCUUUUUGGAACAUGGGAUGGAGUUUUUACUUCCUGUAUGAUUAACAUCUUUGGAGUAGUUCUCUUUCUACGGACAGGCUGGCUGGUUGGGAACACUGGAAUUCUAAUGGGCAUGUUUUUGGUGUCCUUUGUCAUCAUGGUGGCCUUAGUAACCGUCUUGUCUGGCAUUGGGGUUUGUGAACGAUGUAGCAUUGGAAACGGAGGAGUCUAUUCAAUGAUUUCUACUGUCCUUGGAGGUCAGGUUGGAGGGACCAUUGGCCUACUUUAUGUUUUUGGUCAGUGUGUUGCAGGUGCUAUGUAUAUUACCGGAUUUGCUGAAUCAAUCUCUGACCUCCUGAACUUCACUAACAUUUGGGCAAUCAGAGGCAUCUCUCUUGUAGUUCUGCUGGCCUUGCUUGGAAUUAACCUGGCUGGGGUGAAAUGGAUAAUACGACUUCAGCUGCUACUUCUCUUUCUACUGGCUGUUUCCACACUGGAUUUUGUCAUUGGAUCUUUCACACACCUCAGUCCAGAAAAUGGCUUUGUUGGCUAUUCAGAGGAGCUUCUAUUGAACAACACACUGCCAGACUACAACUCAGGAGAAUCUUUCUUCACUGUGUUUGGUGUCUUCUUCCCAGCUGCCACAGGAGUGAUGGCUGGGUUUAAUAUGAGUGGCGAUCUCAGGAAACCCGCAACGAAUAUCCCUCUAGGAUCUUUAUCUGCCAUUGGCAUUUCGUGGUUUUUAUACAUUGUUUUUGUUUUUUUACUGGGAGCUAUUUGUACCCGAGACUCACUCCGCUAUAAUUUUAUGAUAGCAGAAAAGGUAUCCUUGGUGGGCUUCUUAUUCUUACUUGGUUUGUACAUUUCAUCCUUAGCAUCUUGCAUGGGAGGUCUCUAUGGAGCACCCCGAAUCCUUCAAUGCAUUGCUCAAGAGAAAGUGAUACCUCUUCUUGCAUUUCUUGGACAUGGGAAAGGACCAAACAAAACUCCAGUGGCUGCAAUCUGCUUAACAAGCCUCAUUACCUUGGCUUUCGUUUUCAUUGGCCAAGUGAAUGUUCUUGCUCCAAUAGUUACGAUCAACUUCAUGCUUACAUAUAUUGCUGUGGAUUAUUCCUAUUUCUCAGUCUCCAUGUGCUACAAUCUUAAGCAGAACUCCAAAAGGAUGCGGCAAGAGGAUGCCAGGGCUGUGCUAAGUUGCUCUCGACCUUUAAUGCUCAGCAAAUCAACUUGUUAUGGAUCAAAUGGAAGAGAUCAGUGCAGGUCAGAUGGAACUUUGCUGGAAUUCACAAAAGAUAUGAACCAUCUUUUUAAGCCUGUCAGUCAAGAUCCAGGGACUGAUCUUGAACUAAAAGAAAAUAAUGUGGAUGCCGCUCAAGUGAUCAAGCAGAGAAAGCAAAAGAAGGCAGCCAAGCAAACAUUAGAAGACAGCUUUUGUUUGGCUCUUGAGAACAACAUUGCUCAUAUUCAGGAGCCUUGCAAUGAUUCCCGAAGAUCCAGUGUCAAAAAUGUGCAGCAUUUUUCACAGCCAAAUUGCCAAGACGGGGAUGGAAAUGAUGCAUCUCCAUCUGUUAUCAGAAAAAACAAUCAGAAGGAAGAAGAUGGAGACCAACAUUUGGAUGAAAUGCGAAAAGCCUCCAGUCCACAGAUGGAGGAUUUAAAUCUAAAGCAACAAAGCCAAGAAUUAGAAAUUCAGAAAAUACCAGUUUCUUUCUAUUCCAAGCUUUGUGAUCAUCGGAUUUCCUUUUUUGGUGCAAUAGUUUCAUUAGUCAUUAUGUUCGUUAUUCAGUGGAUUUAUACUCUCGUUAAUUUGGGACUAGCAAUUAUUUUGUAUUUCUACAUUGGCAAAGCGAGUCCAGGACUACCACCUGGUGUGGCAGCUAAUUUCAGCCUUUUCAAGUGGAUUAAACUCCUUUUACUUAAUGUCUGCAGGGGAAGGCCAUCCCCAGAGGAGCGAUUUGUUGUGACACCGACCUUUGCAACAGUUGGCAUGGAGACCACUCAACUCACUGAAGAGAAUACAGAUUUUGCUUCCCGAGAUCGUUACCAUCAUUCCUCUGUUAUCACCCGAGAAGAGUUGGUCCAUCAGUUCCAAUGAGAGAGCUAUGUGCCAUUCACUUUACCAGCCAAUUAAAGACUGACUACAAACUGAUCUUUUCACAACUGAUCUUAAUGAAUGCUGAAACUUCCAAUUAAGGGGAGUCAGGGGGAAGGAGCGGCAAGCAAAUUCAAACCCUGCUUUUAAAAGAAAAGGAUUUGGGUUUUCAUUCCAGGGCAUCGGAUAUUUUUGUGCAAUAACUAUCAAUCUAAAAUAGAACAUGGUUUUGUAACACCUGUAUUUGCUAGAGAACAUAGGACACCCCAAAUUUUAUUCCACAGGCAGGUCCUUCUGAAAUCUAGAAUUGCCCCAGGCUUCUCCAAAGGGCUUGGUAUUGACCCCCUAAAGAUCAAUGGGACUAUCUAUUGGUUUUGUUGUUAACAUUGCUAUUUGUAGAACUGUUAAUUAAAUUAGUGUUUAUUAAAUUAUUUUCAUAUAAUAAAUAUUUGGGGGAUGAGGAGCAAUCUGAAACUUAAUGAAGAGGUCAAUGAACAGAAGAGUUUAGGAACUUCUGAGUUACAGGAUAUAAGGAGAAAAAGAUGCUAUGGGCAAUCAAUGCAAGAGUUUACUAUGGGUGGAACAGAUACGUUUUCUAACACCUUCUCUGGAAUUGGAUCAAACUUUUCUGAAUCUUGCAGUUGUCCUGAACAAUACUUUAAACUCAUACUGACUCUUCCUUAUUUUUAUAUUUCAAAAGUUAGGCACAAACAAUUAACUGUGACAUACAAUUUAAAUUGCACUUUAAUCUUCAGACUUCCAUGCCUUCUAGGUCUUGCCCAGGAUGCUGUAGAGGUAAGUCACGACCACAAUUGAGCCCAAUUGUGGGAAGCGAAACGUCUUCUUCCUCGGGGGGAUCAGUCCAGUUGCCUUUUGAAAAAGCACCUUUGAGACAAGAAUUCAUGUGCUUGGUAAAGCGACUUGGAAUCUGAUGCCAGUAAAGUAACAUUGCCAAAUUGGAUUUCUAAGUAAUUGGAAACACUAUGGAAACAUGUUUUGUUCUGUAAUAAGAGUCCUCAAGGUUAAUAAAUUGUCAUAUUUACACAAAGAUUAAAAGCUACUUAUUCA